UCUGAUAUUUCUGUGCUUGCCAAACCACAUCGCCCUCUCAAGUCCGAAAAUCAAAAAACACUGAAGCGCAAGAAUAACAAGACUAGAACACCAUGGUUUGCUUUUGUUUUCUUGUUGAUCAGACCCGGAAGGUGAGAAGAAGCAAGCCGGCAGCCGGAAUUUGUUCAAGGUGUGGUGGUGGAGCAAGUGUAGCUGAUAUGAAAACUUGUACAAGAUUUUGCUAUGUGCCAUUUUAUUGGAAAUCUUGGAGAGCUAUCAUGUGUACUUUCUGUGGAGCUGUACUCAAAUCUUACCACUGAAUUAUUUUGUUUUAGAGGACUUCUAGCAUGGUAUUUCUUUCCCACUUAGUUUAUAGCAUUUUAGUUAAGUUCUGUAUGCUUUGGAGCUAAUUAUAAAAAAACAUGCUUUUACCCCUAA